UUGUUUCUUUCUUGUAUAUUAAGAAAACCCUCUGUAUAAACGACAUAACAACAACAACAACAACAAAAAAGAUGCACGCAUCACUCACAAGUUGGCUGCUCGCAGCCUCGCUCUUGACGCAACCCAUCAGCGUCUCGGGUCAGGGCUGUCCUUUUGCAAAGAGGGGCGGAACUGUGGACAGCAGCCUCCCCCAGAAGAGGGCUGAUGAUACGUCAACAACAUUUGGCCGGUGCGCAGUGAAGAGCAACCAGGCCGGUGGCGGCACGAGGAGUCACGACUGGUGGCCAUGCCAGCUCCGUCUCGACGUGCUACGUCAGUUCCAGGCGAGCCAGAACCCCCUCGGCUGCGACUUUGACUACAACGAGGCGUUCCAGUCUUUGGACUACGAAGCCGUCAAAAAGGAUAUCGCAGCUCUGAUGACCGAGUCGCAAGAUUGGUGGCCAGCCGACUUUGGCAACUACGGUGGUCUGUUUAUCCGUAUGGCAUGGCACAGCGCCGGUACAUACCGGGCAAUCGAUGGCCGUGGUGGUGGUGGCAUGGGUCAACAACGAUUUGCUCCCCUCAACAGCUGGCCCGAUAACCAGAACCUGGACAAGGCUAGGCGCCUGAUCUGGCCCAUCAAGCAAAAGUAUGGCAACAAGAUCUCAUGGGCCGACCUCAUGCUCCUCACGGGCAACGUUGCCCUCGAGAACAUGGGGUUCAAGACCCUUGGAUUCGGCGGUGGUAGGGCCGACACGUGGCAGUCGGACGAGUCUGUCUACUGGGGUGCCGAGACCACGUUUGUGCCUCAGGGCAACGACGUCCGCUACAACAACAGCCUCGACUUCAACGAGCGUGCCGACAAACUCGAGAAGCCGCUUGCUGCCACCCACAUGGGUCUCAUCUACGUCAAUCCUGAGGGUCCCAACGGCACACCUGAUCCGGCUGCCUCGGCCAAGGACAUCCGUGAGGCUUUUGGCAGGAUGGGCAUGAACGACUCGGAGACUGUCGCUCUGAUUGCCGGUGGUCAUGCCUUUGGCAAGACGCAUGGUGCCGUCAAGAGCUCAAACAUUGGUGAUGCCCCUGAAGCUGCUGACCUUGGCAUGCAGGGCCUUGGAUGGCACAACAGUGUCGGCGAGGGCUAUGGGCCCAACGCGACCACAAGCGGUCUGGAGGUUAUCUGGACCAAGACUCCUAACAAAUGGAGCAAUGGUUACCUCGAGUCCCUCCUCGGCAACCACUGGACCCUUGUCGAGUCCCCUGCCGGCGCCCACCAGUGGGAGGCCCUCAACGCCACCGCCGACUACCCGGACCCCUUUGACAAGACCAAGUUCCGCAGGCCCACCAUGAUGACCUCGGACUUGGCCCUGAUCAACGACCCCGAGUACCUCAAGAUCACUCAGCGCUGGCUCGAACACCCCGAUGAGCUGGCCGACGCCUUCGCCAAGGCCUGGUUCAAGCUCCUGCACCGUGACCUCGGCCCAACCUCGAGGUAUCUCGGCCCCGAGGUGCCCAAGGAGACCUUCAUCUGGCAGGACCCGCUCCCCGCCAGGGAGGGUGAUCUGAUCGAGGACGCCGAUGUCGACAAGCUCAAGACCACCAUCCUGGCCACCGACGGCCUCAACGUCUCGACGCUCGCCUCCACCGCCAUGGCCUGCGCCGCCACCUACCGCAACUCGGACAAGCGCGGCGGCUGCAACGGUGCCCGCAUCGCCCUCGAGCCGCAGAGGAACUGGGUUUCGAACAACCCUACCCAGCUCUCCGCCGUCCUCGACGCCCUCAAGAAGGUCCAGUCCGACUUCAACGGCAGCAACGGCAACAAGAAGGUCUCCCUUGCCGACCUGAUCGUUCUGGGUGGCACCGCCGCCGUCGAAAAGGCCGCCAAGGACGCCGGUGUCGACGUCAAGGUCCCCUUCUCCGCCGGCCGCGUCGACGCCACCCAGGAGCAGACCGACCUGACGUCGUUCUCGUACCUCGAGCCCCAGGCCGACGGUUUCCGCAACUACGGCCGUGGCACCGCCCGCGCCCGCACCGAGGAGUUCCUGGUCGACAAGGCCUCGCAGCUGACCCUCACGGCGCCCGAGCUGACCGUUCUCGUCGGUGGCAUGCGCGCCCUGGGCGCCAACUACGACGGUUCCGACGUCGGCAUCUUCACCGCCAACAAGGGCAAGCUGACCAACGACUUCUUCGUCAACCUGGUCGACAUGAACACGGCCUGGACCGCCAGCGGCACCGACGGCGAGACCUGGAUCGGCACCGACAGGAAGACCAAGACCCAGAAGUACACGGGCUCCCGUGCCGACCUCGUCUUUGGCUCCCACGCCGAGCUGAGGGCCAUCGCCGAGGUCUACGCCGAGUCCGGAAACGAGGAGAAGUUUGUCAAGGACUUUGUAGCCGCCUGGACCAAGGUCAUGAACCUUGACCGCUUCGACCUCAAGGUUAAGAAAUAAGUUUUCUGAUCACUUGUUUCUUUGUUCACUCUUUCUUUGUCACAUUUUUUUUUUUAAAAACUUCUCUGCUCGUCAAGAGCCCCCCCCUUUUUGCGAAAACAUUCGCUUCUAUACCCGAGUUGGUUGCCAUUCAUUUGUGCAAUCAACCAGCUGACACUUUAUUUGUCCAUGUUUGUCAGCUUUUAAUGCCUUGUUCAUGACAUAUAAUUCUUUUUCUUUUUUUUCCUUUUCUGUUAUAUGAGAGACAUAAGCUAGCAAUAGUCCGAGGAUCUUUCUUUUUUUUAGACUUCCUCUUGUUUAUAAUAAAGAUGAUUCAUCUAAAAACAACCCGCCCCACAUGCUACUGUCAUAAUUCGUGAUGCUGUUUAAAAAAGUUUGGUGAUCAUCGACCAAGUCCUCUUUCAUGUCCUCCGAUCCGAGUCCGUUGAAGUUGCACCAAGCAGCCCGGUCUCUUCGUCCGGCUGCGCCGUACUCGACCUGGCAUUGGCAGUAUUUGCCGCCCUGACCGUCGUCCCGCUCUGCUUCUGAAGCGUGGUCCAGAUACCGGCUACUAUGAUCAAGAGGCCACCGACAAGGCUCAAAGAGGAAGGCACCGUGCCCCAGAUUAUACGCUCAGUCACGAGUGCAAAUACUAUUUGGGUGUACUAGGUUCGUCGCACGCCCUGCCUUUUCCCUCUGCAGCCCCUCGGUGAGCAGGAACUGCAGCAGAAACCCAGCGACUCCAAUGAGAAGAAACAAAAGCCUGGGUUUUGGAGGAACAAAGUUUCAUCACUGUCAGCAGGAAAGCCCCCUCAUCAUCACUCA